GAGAAAUCACGGAAGUAAUUGAAAGCACGGUGCUGUAAACAACAGACGGAUUCUCGGCAACAAAUGAUGCUCUCCUCUCGGAAAACGGAAGAAGAAGAGGGAAAAGAAGAUUUAACAAACAAUCAGCUUGACUUUUCACAACCAUGGCAUUUCAGCGAUGUAGUUUUGAAGGUGGAAGAGGAAAGAUUUCAUGUUCACCGAAGUAUCUUGUCGAUGUGGUCGCCAACUUUUUCGAAAAUGUUUACCUCAGGCUUCAGGGAAAAAACAGCUGAAGAAGUGCCACUUCCGGGGAAGAUAGCGAGCCAAAUAAGAGAAAUGUUGCUGGCAAUUUAUCCAACGUCCGCCAAAGAGAUCGAUGACGAGAACUACUCGUUCCUGUUGGAUCUUGCAAGGGAAUAUAUGAUAGAGAAGCUCACCGAGAAAUGCGAAGACUUCCUAAUUCAUAAGUUACGUUGGCCACGCCAGCAACACUCAUCUCAGUGCUUAGAUCUUCUUGUUACUGCACAGUCAUACAAUCUGGAGAGGUUGCAAGAGGAAUGCAUCAAAAAUGCAGGUAAUCUAAGCCGCCAGGAACUUAAUAGUCACUCAAAGCGCGAUGAAAUCCUUUUGCCAAACUAUAGGAAAUUAGUCGAUGGGAUAAUGGAGCGAAUGGAAAAUAAACUCAUGGAACUUCAGCGCCAUAGUAGCGGAUUUGGACUUUAUUAGUAUCCUUUGAAAGGGAUUUGAAGUCUGAACUGGAAAGCGUCAGUCCUUCCGCAAAAUUAAAAAAAAAUUAGUAUUCCUGUAGAUGACAGUUUAUGACAAUUUUAUUAUUUUUAGAAAACACUAGGUAGGGCCCUUCCUAUACGUACUGUAAACGGAUCUAGCUCUAUCUCCAACCAUUUUCGACAAUUUCUUUAUGAUCUAAACACGUUUCGAAGCUCUGCGAACACUGCACAAUAACCUCGCAAUCCAUCCCAUAAUGUUAGUCCGUAAACUACAUUAAAUAACACUACAUAAAGUAUGCCGGGUUCAAUCCUGCCUGUUGGGCGACUGAAUGCCAUAAUAAAAGGUUAAACUGAUCAAAAAAAAAGUUUUCGUCUUUGCAAUAGUAACCACGUCAUUUAACAAGAGUGGAAAUUUCAAAAUUUCUCAUAAAUCAUAACAAAGGGCAAUCGAUAAAUUUAUUUCUCCAUGGUUAAGUGAAAAACCAAGAGUAACAAAUAUCAAGCAAAACAGAAACUGAAUUUUCGAGCGAAUUUCAGGCUUACCCCCGCUCUAAACCAUGUCUUUUUCAACAUUCUGUUACCGAUAAAGAAAACUGUAUUAUAUGAACAGAACCAGAAGUGUGACAUCUACUUCCUGUUUGUUUGUGGAGGGCUGGGUCAGCCACGGAGAUUGUUAAAUCAGUCAGCCAAAGUGUAGGAAUCUCCAGGGAGGAGGAAUCUUGCAAAACGUUCCCCUGGUUGAUAACCCACUAAAGGUUACCUAGAAACAUUACAGCCUCUUAAAAUAACCUUAUCAAACCCCUUUGAGCACCUGUAAAACAAAAAUGAGCUCAGCGACCUGAAUGGUUUCAAAUCACUGAAUUACAACACGAGAAAUCUUCACGGUUAACACAAUUCAGAGCCACCUUACUUAACCGUGUUAUCUAAACGACUCUUAGAUAAUGCGGUGGAAGCAUUGCAAAACUGAAAACACCAAUGACUAUUAAAAAAUGAAAUAAUAGUGAAUCUAUAUAAAAUGUUGAAGUGAAUUUAUAAAUCUUUUAUUCGAUGGGUUAACACAUAUCACAGAAUACGCACAGACAGUUUGUGUUAAUCCUCGCCUCAGCAGGGAUCGGAAAAUUACUAAGUAACCAUAGACCGGCGGGGGAAAA